AUGGCCGAACCUCAAGCGGCUCGAGCGAGGUAUUUGCAGCAAGCGGCGCGCAUGAUCUUCCUCUCCGCACCAACUACAUCACGGCAGCUCUUGCGCGAAGGUGUAGAACUCGAUCACGCAGCCUCAUCGCAUGCUGCCCAUAGAGAUAUCGCCACACUGAAAUCCACUCACAUGGAGGAGAGUCAGCAACCUCUCGAUGUACCUGUCGAGCGCUCUGAGGCGGUAGUCACUGAAUCAACUGAUCCGGUUCUGGAAAAGCCCACCAAGUCGUCCAGCAAGAAAAGGGCAAAAGCACGAAAAGGCCGGGAAGGGCUACAGGCGCUUCUUAAUAAAAGCAUGCAGUCCAAAAGCACACCUGGCCUCAACUUGAUGGACCUGAUGAAAAAAUGA